AUGUCUCACCACCGGUCCUCAUUCCGGAGGGUCCUGCACUGGAUCUACAACACUGUUUACGUGCUCCUGUGCCUCCUCCUCGCCGCCUUGAUCCUCAUCACCCCCGGUGACGCCAUCCGACAGGUCUUCCUGAACACCUUCCAGUAUACCAAUAUUGUCAUCAUCGCCGUCGCGUACCUAGUCACGGUCCUCAUCGUGCUGUUCAUCUACUCGCUCCGUCUCUACGUCACCCGCACCGUCCUGGCCGGCAUCCCCAAAAGCUGGAUCCCGAUCGGCAAAGGCCAUGUAAAGAAGGGGGUCAGGGAGAUGAUCGCGCGGGAGCUGGGCCACAGUGCUGCUGUCGCAUGGGCAGCGAGACCCAAGGUUGGCGCCGUGCCUGCCGCAGACCAACGGGAAGCGCUCUUGGGCGUUGUCGUCGAGGAGGACUCCAACGAAGUUGGCCGGGCCCAGUCGGCUGCCAACGACGAGAAGGGCACGCGAACGUCGGGCAACUGGCUCCGGCCGAGACGUACGGCUGCAGCUACAAUGGAAAGCGAGAUGGGCAUUGCUCUGCCGCCAACAAGCCCCGUGUGGGGUCAGAUCGAACACCCCGGCUGGGGCAGCCCCAACUCCCCCGACCUUGCCAAUGUUCAGUACGGCGCCGUCCUGGCCGAGUUGCCGAACUUGAUCGAGGCCAAGGCCAUCUCGCUUGCGCCGCCCGCCCCGGACUCCUCAGACGUCAGCCCCGUCCUGGACCCUGAGGCCGUGGCGCUUCUGCAAAGGACGACAACCAUGAGCAUGCGGACCUACAUUGGCCGACUGAUCGACCUCGGUGUCCUGGAGUCGACCCAGAAUUCAUUCGAGUUCCUGGACACGUAUGAACGAGCCCGUUUCUCAACAAGACCCUUGCCAGCGGCAGCAUUCAAGCGCCUCAUGCACCUUUUUGCCGAGCUCCUUCGCUCAGCCCAACCCCUCGACCGUUCAGUUGUCGAUACCAUGAACGAGAUGGACGGCAUGUACAGCGAUAGCGCCAGCCGCACGGACAUUGAUGACGACGCACCGCAGAACACAAGCCCUACGACGCCUGCUCAGAGCUUGCCUAGUGUGAGAAGUCUCAAAAGCGUCUCCAGCCGCGGCUCCCGUCGCGGUUCGAGCCACCAGGCCAGUCUCGCAUCCAGUGAAGGAUCGACGAACGCUGAACGGUUACGCUCCCCGUUGCAUCGUCCAGGUAUGGCUACAAGGAACUCGUCCGGGAAUACACGCGGCCGAUAUGGUACCGCCCCGACGACCCCAAGGAGCAAGUCUGGCCGAUCUGGCACGGUCCAUAGCCAGAACCAGGCGACAAGGAGCCUAUCCAGGGGCAGCAGCGCCAAUAGCUUUGCGCAGACGAGGCAGCCGUAUGUUGCUGGUAGCGGCAGCAGCGGCAACAGUCUCAGAUCCGUCAGUGGUGGGAGCGUGAGCCAGGGCAGCGUCAUCAGGCUUGCCAGGCAUGAUGAUGAUACAAGUUUGCCGUACGUGCUCAGACUUACGGAAUCGCCCUGA